CUCCACACUCACCUCUGCCUCUCCCCAUCUCUCUCUCUCUCUCUCUCUCUCCCGUUGUCUUGUUCCCUGUAACCACAGACACACACAGUGUCUGCUUCGCCUGUUCUGUCAAGCGUCUAACGGCUUCUUUUCUAUACUAAGGCCUAGAGCUUCUCUCUCUCAGUUUCCAUUCUCCUUAGGAUUCUAUGUUUUCCUUUCUCUUUCUAAUUUCACCUGUGAUUCGCCCAAGCAUCUAAAGGCGAAUCCGCUUUUCCGCAGGCCCAUCAAGUGACCUGAUGGUGAUAGUGUGGUCACUUUCACAGCGCUUUUAGCCUUUCUUUUCUUGAUUUAACAAACUUACACACCACCUCGUUCUCAUUCACAUCUGGGUCUUCUUCCGCUUUCGGCUAUUUUCCAUCUGGGUUUCCCAGGAUUGUUUCGGAUAUGGGCGAUAGUUUAUCCGACUUCUUUGAAGAGCCUGAGUUUGGUGGCGAAACCAGCUUGACUGGCGUAGCUUCCCCCGACGAUCUCGAUCUCUUCAGCAUUUUCGAGAGUCUGGAGGGUGUCUCCGAGGUUCCUCCAUUGGAGGAGACUGUGUUGGGCUCCAAAGAAGGUGAGGAAACAGCAAGAUUGGUCUCUCAAAAAUCUACUUCUUCCAGUGCUUUGCAGGAGUCCGAGACGGAGCUCGAAGCUUCCCCGAAGAGGAAGAGGCCCAAGCUCGCCGCACCCACUUCGUCCGAAGAGGGGAACCCAGAUGGACAACAGAGGGUGUCGCAUAUAACUGUGGAGAGGAACCGCAGAAAGCAAAUGAACGAGCAUUUAUCAGUGUUGAGGUCCCUUAUGCCUUGCUUCUAUGUCAAAAGAGGAGAUCAAGCAUCCAUAAUAGGCGGGGUGGUGGAUUACAUCAAGGAGUUGCAGCAAGUUCUACGGUCACUUGAAGCCAAGAAGCAAAGAAAAGUUUACAGUGAAGUUCUAAGCCCUAGGGUUGUUUCAAGUCCAAGGCCUCCGCCAAUCAGCCCUAGAAAGCCACCAUUAAGCCCUAGAAUAAGCUUACCCAUAAGCCCAAGAACCCCGCAACCAACCAGCCCUUACAAGCCUGUUAGGUUGCAGCAGGGUUACCUUUCCCCGACCAUAGCUCCUUCCCUCGAACCAUCUCCUUCUUCUUCAACCUCCUCCAAUGACAACGCCAACGAGCUCAUCGUAAAUUCAAAAUCAGCCAUUGCUGACGUAGAGGUGAAGUACUCCUGCCCAAACGUUGUUUUGAAGACAAAAUCUUCACGGAUUCCCGGCCAAGCAGUGAAAAUCAUUUCCGCUCUAGAGGACCUUUCGCUUGAAAUUCUCCAUGUUAGCAUCAGCUCAAUCGAUGAAACCAUGCUCAAUUCCUUCACUAUCAAGUUUGGAAUUGAAUGCCAACUUAGCGCCGAGGAACUCGCUCACCAAGUCCAGCAGACAUUCUGCUAAAUCUCUACUGAUAGGGGCUGCAUCAGAAUCAAUCAAAACCCUAACAAAACCUCCCUCAUCACUUUCUCUUUCUUUUUUCUCUCAGCUGCAAUAAUGAAGAAGAAUGUGUGGGAGGCAUUUACCUUAGUUUCUGUUUAACAUAUGUAAUUGUAGAUCAGGCAUUACUUGUACUAAUUUCCUAGUGUAACCCUUGUAAUUGAGCAUUAUUCUCAAGCUUUAUUACUAUCUAUGAAUUUAAUUUCCAUUCUCAAUUUAUGCUAA